AUGCCUAGAUCUGUAGCAAAUAAUCGCAUUGAAGCAAUAGACUCCGAUGAUUUUAAAGAUUUAAGAAGUCUUAAAGAAUUAGAUUUAAGUAAUAAUGCUAUAACACUGUCUGAUCAAGAUAAUCUGGGAUUAACUUUUCUUGAAAAGCUCAAUUUAGCGAGAAACAACAUCAAAUACUUGAACUGCUCAGGAUUGCCUGCAAUACUAAAAUCUAUGAAAUUAGCAGGGAAUAAUUGGGCUGGAAUUAUUAACGGAAUGCCGACUAUGAAAAACUUAAAACUAGAUGUGAGUGAUAAUCCAAUAAUAUUAAAUUCCUUCCUGAGAGAUUUAUACGACCGUGUUGGGCCAUUCCUAACUGGCAUGCUAUUAGUAAACGAUCUUACAUGUAGAUUUCUUAGUAGCUGCAGCUACGCCAAUGUAUGUCAGGAGUUUAUUAUGAUGCAUAAUACGAGGAUAAUAAUAGGCGCCUUACAGGAAUUAGAAAUGUUUACAGAAUGUGUCGUUAUUAUCGAAAAGUUAAAUAUUAGGAUCAAGUUAGGCUAG